AUGGAAAAAAUGACAUUGAAAAUUGCUUUUAGUUCUAUACAAUUCAAUGAAUUUAAUUCAUAUCGUUAUGGUAUUAUUCUACCAUUCAAUAAACAAAUUAUAUGUAAACAAUUUAAUUUAAAACAAUGGCCAAUAACAAAAUUAUGGAGGAACAUUUUUCGAAAUAUAUUUCAUUGCAAAUUAUUACAACGUUUUCAUGAAUCUAAAUUAUUAUUAUUUAAUAAUAAUAAUCAUCUUAUCAUACCAUAUGAAAUUGAUAUAGAUUAUAAUCAUUUCACUAUAUUAACAAAUUAUUAUCCAUUCGGUAAUUUAUUUGAAUGGUUUCAACAAAGAUUCACAUUCACUAUUGAAGAUAUAUAUUAUAUUAUAAAAUAUUUAUGCGAAGCUGUUAAUUAUUUACAUAGUAACCAUAUUUGCCAUGGUAACAUUAAACCAUAUAAUAUAUUCUUUAAAACAUUUCAUCCUAAAUCAUUAUCAUUAGUAUUAGAUUUUAGUGUAUUAACAGAAAUCAAUAUAUUAUGUAAUCAUAAUGAUACAAAAUUAUUUAUAUAUUGGUCACCGGAAUAUAUGAUACAUGUUAAGGUAACAAUGGAUGAUAUAAAUGUAAUUCAAAAAGACAAUAUAUGUUAUAUUAUGAAAAAAUUAUGGAAGAAAAAAUCAAUGGAAUUAGAUAUAUGGUCUAUUGGUAUUAUUAUGUAUUUAUUAUUAACUGGGAAAUUACCAUUUAUUGAUCAAUAUAAAGAAUUGAAUACAUUUAUUAAUGAUAUCAAAACAAAUUCUAUACAAUUAAAUAAUACAUUAUUAUUAUAUAAUAUUGAUAAAUCAAUAUAUCAAAUCAUUAAUAUGUUAUUACAAAUCGAUAUACAUCAACGUAUUGAUCUUAAUCAAUUUAUGAUAAUCAAUUGGUUGCAUGAUAUUCAUCAUGAAAAUAAACAAAGAAAUAUAAAAUCAAUUAUAGAAUAUAAUUUUUUAACUACAUUUAUACAACAUCAAAUGGAAUCAGAGAAUACAUUGAAACAAUUAAAACAUUUAAUGAAAAUUACAAAUUCAAAUGAACAGUGA